UCAGGAUUUAUCGGUACCAGUUGAGACACACUCGUCUUCUCCCCAACUACUCUAUUGACAAGAUGAAGUCCAUCAUUUUGGUGUCUAUGCUGGUCGCGGUGGCGUUCGCGGCGCCCCAGGGCUCGACGGAGCCCGUCCCGAUAGUGCGUCAGGACAGCGAGGUGAACGGAGACGGCUCAUACUCGUACUCUUUCGAGACCGGCAACGGGAUCAGCGCUGACCAGAAAGGCGACUUGAAGAAGGUCGGUGAAGUCGAGGCUCUGGAGGUGCAUGGCCAGUUCCAAUACCCUGGGGAAAACGGAAACAUUCAGCUGACUUACACCGCUGACGAGAACGGCUACCAGCCCCAGGGAGCCCACCUCCCCACCGCCCCCCCGGUCCCCGAGGCCAUCCAGCGCGCACUAGCCUACAUCGCCACCGCCCCCCCACAGCCUGAAAACCAACAAUAACUUCAGGCCUAAACACAAUACUCAUAACUAUUAGUGAUUUCUCAUUUUGUACUUUUAUACGGACCAUAAAUAUACCAAAUACUUGGAAUUUUU